AUGGCAGCACCUCUGUUCCUGACAGCUGCCUGGGGCGGGUCAGACAGCAGAGACUUGUCCCGGGAGGAUGAGAGGGGACGCUUGGCACUGUGCGCGUCCCCAGCCGAAGUGGCUGAGGACUCCUACUCCACGGUUUGGGUCAACGCCGACCCGAGGGCCUGGGCCGGGGAACCCCUCGGGGUGCAGCCAGAGACGGGGAACCCGGCUCUCCUUAUCUGCGGCGUCUGCGGGCGGAGCUUUGAGGCCGAGGCCGAGCUGAGGGCGCACCAGGAGGAGCCCUCGCACCCGGCCCCCUCCUACCAGUGCAGCGCCUGCGGCAAAGCUUUCCGGCGCUACCAGAACCUCCUGACGCACAAGAAGCAGCGGAGCUGGUCGCGGCACGCCUGUAGCGAGUGCAGCAGAACCUUCUGCCUGAGGGGCGACCUGCUGCGGCACCGGGCGAGCCACGGCGGCUACUGCUGCGCGCUCUGCGGCUGCCGCUUCCGCCACCAGCGCCACCUGCUGUCGCACCACCAAGCGCACGCCGCCCCGCACCAGUGUCCACACUGCGCCGAUCGCUUCCCGGACGAGGCCGGCCUGAGCAGGCACGGCGCCGUCUGCCCCGCGGCGGAGCAGCCCUUCGUGUGCCAGCGCUGCGGGCGCGGCUUCAGCUGGAGGGAGAGUUUGAUCAUCCACCUGCGCGGCCACGCAGCCGAGCGCGCCCACAGCUGCCCCGACUGCGGCCGCAGCUUCAGCCGCAGGGGCAACCUGGUGGUGCAUCGCCGUGUGCACACGGGCGAGCGGCCCUUCGCCUGCCCGCUCUGCAGCAAGGCCUUUGCCAACAAGGCCAACCUCAUCACACACAAAAGGCUCCACCGGCGCUACAAGACCCUCGGCUGCACCCAGUGUCACCUGGGCUUCAGCUCCAAGAGCAAGCUGCGGCUGCACCUUCAGAUGCAUGCAGACGGCAUGGGGACCCUGGUGAACGGUGCCUGCCAGCAGUAG